GGCUGAAAGCCACACAUGUCCACAUUGUUCUGUGUUGCCACACCGCACAUUCAGUGCUGUCUGUGAAUUGGCGUCAUGCUGAUCAGGUCUUUCCUGCUCUGCUACUUUUUCUCCCAUACGGUGUUUCUACCUGUGGUAGUUUUGUUGUCGGAUUGGGAACUUCAAAUAGUGCUUUCACUUUAAACUAAACCGUGUGAAUCAGUUUCCUUUCACCGAAAAGAGGAGGUUGAUGACGUUUUUAAUGCAAGUGCUCUGUGGUUUUGGGGUAAUGACCUCACUGCACUGCUCUGCUAAGUAAAGUCAUUUAUGCUCUUUACCAUCAAGGAUACUGUGAUGCAGACGGCACUGUUGACUAAGCGCUUAAGUCUGGUAAAGUCAUGGCGUGGUACUGGCCUCUCCCUCGCAUGUAAAUGUGAGAUUCAGACCAGGUUGAGUCACUACACAAACUGUUACACAGCUGCAUGGGAGGUUCCACUUCCAGCACGUUCAGUACUACGCUGCGUCUCUGUCAGUGUUUUAUUUGCUUAUGAAGCACGUGUGGAGAGGCGGGGCCCCGGUGCUUCAACACCUUCCACCUGCACCCAGACUUUCUCACAAAAUAACCACAAUACGUCAUAUGCAACAGUGAAAUAACUCCUGUCUGUGGCCCUGAGUUCACUUGUUAAUUCUGCCGCAUAUUUGUUGAUUCCGGGCGGAAUAUGUCACCUGAUUGAUAUGCCAAUAGGUAGUUUGGCAGAUGUGAAGACUCAGCUGGUCAACUACUUGCAAAUUGUACAGACUGAGCAGCUUUAGAAUGCUAACCCUCGUAUCGUUUAUAUUUAUUAUCCUUGUCGUUGAGUUUCUAAGUAAUUGCUGACUCAUCAAAUGCUUUUGCAGAAACUCCUGCAGCAGCUCGCUGUCACUCCUCUCCAGCGCUCUUUCCUCUCUGUUGACCUCGGUACCAAGGUGAAAUGUCUCACACAGCGCCCUGUGUGUGUUUGUGUGUAGUGUUUGCUUUCCCUCGCUCUUGUUGCCUGAGCGAGGGAAGGGGGAUGGGAGCACCAGAGGGCAGACACGCAGCUACUGAGGGGGAGUAGUGGGAGUGAAUUAAAAGCAUGUUGGUCAGGCUUGUUUUCACGCUUUUUAAUUAAAGAUUCAAAAAAGGCUGAUGUGUUAAUUUAAGACUUCUUAUGUUAAUGUUCGUCAUAAAACAAAAAGUGGAUGGUUUCAAGCUUUGAUUGCGUCUUUAAUCGCUUCUUUCCGCAGGUAAUGCUGAUGACCGUCAUGUUUUUGAGGAGUACAACCAUGAAAACAUAAUUUACAAAAAGUCCUCAACCCAAUGUAACCGUAAUAUCUUCCCAAUGGUAUUUUAUGUUUUGUGGCCCGCUCCCCUAAACAUCAUGUCAAUUAGUAACAGUCUGGCUGCUAUAGAGCGGCUUGUAUUUUGUUGAAUAUUUUAAUGGAUGAGGUGGGUGUAAAUAAUUAACUUGAGUAAGACAGAACCGUAUAAUGGAACACAACUGUCUGUGCAACCAUUCAAAACAUUACCGUAAUAAAUUAAACUCUUAAGUUCCUCCAUCCACGCUAUCAGCGUUGGAUCGAAUGAGCAGUUGGGGCCAAACUCAAUGCCCAGUGUGGGUUUCUUUAUGAUUUUUGCCAAUAACGAUGUAGAAGAGGCCGUGCUGGUUUCAUUAAAGAAUGGACACAGUGCAAUGGAGACCAGAUGACAUUAAUAAAAUAAAACCUUAAAAAAGUAACCUUUUUAAUUUUGAGAAAAAUAUCAAAUUGACAAAGCCAUCAUUCACAUUUUUUGUUUUAUUGUGUCUGUGACUCACAUCUUCCACUGCGUUAAAACACACGUCUGGUGAAUUGCGAGCUUUGCUGUUAUUGGUUCACCCGGCCAACAGGUGUGAGCCGUGCUAAACACGGUUUGUGACCUUGUCCGCCGGAGCCCCUGCAGCAAUCUGUUGAAUUAAGCUGAUAAGGACCUGCAAUAAGUGCUCUCGUCUUGGGGCAACGUAUCCAGUGAGAAGCCGCUCCGGUGCAGCGCUGAUGCUUUGACUUCCGUAGCUUCAUACGCUCUGCCACACCAGGAUGUCCAAGCACAUGGACGCCCUGCUGAAAGGCAGAGACGACAAGCUGAGCAGCAUCGGCAAGGCCAUCAACUCCUCUGAGAUGCCUGUGAAGGAGAAACACGCACGACGAAUCAUCCUGGGGACUCACCGGGAGAAGGGAGCCUACACCUUCUGGUCCUACGCUCUCGGCUUCCCUCUGGCCAGCAGCUCCAUUCUCAGCUGGAAGUUCUGCCAUGUAUUGCACAAAAUCCUGCGGGAUGGACACCGCAAUGCUCUACAAGACUGCAUGAGGCACCACGGCUCUCUCGUUGAAAUUGGGAAACUAUGGAGGGACCUCCAUGACAAAUAUGGACAGCUGGUAGUUCUGUAUACUAAGCUGCUUUGCACAAAAAUGGAGUUUCAUGUGAAGCAUGCAGACAUCCCGCCAAACCUGGAAGCCACCGACGAAGUCCUGGAGCGCACUGCGGGAAGCGACAUCAAUAAUGUCUUCCAGCUCACAGUGGAGGUGUUUGAUUACUUGGACGCAGAGUUGAGGCUGGCUGAGACAGUGAUCCGACAGCUCAACACAUCCAUCGCGAUCUCAACUCUCUCAUCAGGCCAGUGUCGGCUGGCUCCUCUCAUUCAAGUCGUGCAGGACUGUAGUCACCUCUACCACUUCACCGUCAAGCUGCUGUUCAAGCUGCAUGCCUGUCUCCCCGCUGACACCUUACAAGGACACCGCGAUCGUUUCCACGACCAGUUCCACAGCCUGAAGACCUUCUUCAAUAAAGCCAGAGACAUGCAGUACUUCAAGAGGCUGAUCCAGAUCCCCAAGCUGCCAGAUUCCCCACCUAACUUCCUGCAUGCAGCCUCACUGGCUAAGCACGUGAAGCCAGUGGUGGUCAUCCCUGAUGAGUACGGACCCGAGCAACAAGAGGAUGACGACGAUGAUCCCGAGCCGCUCAUUGAGGUCAGCGACGUCUCAACACCCAGCCUACAGGCGGCGCCACAGCAAUUCGACAUAUUCGAUCAGACGUUUGGACCUCCGAAUGGAGGCUUCGAUGAUCGGGAUCUCCAGAUUGAGGGCUAUAAGCAUGACAUGGAGAUGUUGAGAGCAGAGCUGGAGAAAAUCAAAGCCGAGGCCCAGCGUUACAUCACACAGCUGAAGUCCCAGAUCAACAGUUUGGAGGCAGAAUUGGAGGAGCAGCGCGCACGGAAGCAGCACGCUCUCGUGGAAAACGAACAACUGCGCAUGGAGCUGGAGGCGACGCGGCGCCGAAACGCAGAACAUGAGAGCACGCAGGCCGUCUUCGUCGAAGCAGAAAGCAGAGCGCAGGCCACCGAGCAGCGCUACAACAAGCUGAAGGAGAAGCACACGGAGCUGGUGGCCAGCCAUGCAGAGCUACUUCGGAGGAGUGCAGAUACUGUGCGGAUGCUAUCAGCAACCCAGCAGACCCAGGAAGAGGUGGAGAGGACCAAACUGCAGCUGGCGUUUGAGGUUGAUCGGAUUAAACAGGAAGCUGACAUGAAGCUGGAUGAGAAGAAGUUUGAAAUGGAGAAGCUGAAGAGAGAGCUGGAGGAGAAGAUGGCAGAAGUGAUGCGCAUCAGGGGGACUCUGAAGGACAGCGAGCAGACGUCGGAGCAAAUGAACAGCUCAGUGACGGCUCUGCAGGCGGAGAAGGAGCGUCUGAUGCGAUCUGUGAGCGAGAAGGAGGCGGAGCUGUCGUCGGUGCGGCAGGCUGCGCAGGUGCAGCAGUCGUCGCUUCAGCAGGAGCGAGAGAGGAGCAGCAGGGAGCUGGGAGAGCUGCAGGGCAAACUGCAGGAGAAGAUGAGUCUGGAGGAGCGGCUUAAGCAGAAACUUCUGCAGGAUCAGUUUGCCAUGCUGCAGGGUACCGUCACAGAGGCCGAGAACAUCAUCCAAGAUGCUGUUGCAAAACUGGAUGAUCCCCUUCAUAUACGCUGCACCAGCUCUCCAGAUUACCUGGUCAGCCGGGCAGAGGCAACGCUGGGCUCCGUUGACAAAGUGAAAAGGGGCCAUGCAGAUUAUCUGAGUAACAUGGGGGAUGCUGGAGGGCUGCUGAGGGCUCUGACCCAGUUCUCCCACUUGGCUGCGGAUACGAUCAUUAACGGCAGCGCCACUGCACACAUGGCACCCACUGACCAUGCAGACCGACUGACUGAGAACUGUAGAGGCUGCGCCACUGAGAGUCUGGAGUUCUUCAAGGACCUGAAGUCCAAGACCACCCUCCAAAAGGCAGACACGGCCUCCAUUCGAGUGGUUGUCCAAAAGAUCCUCUACUUGGGUCAGGAGCUUAGGCCAAAGGGCAUGGACGUUCGUCAGGAUGAGCUUGGGGAUCUGGUCGAUAAGGAAAUGGCUGCAACAUCAGCAGCUAUUGAGGAGGCUGUCCGCAGGAUUGAUGAAAUGAUGGAUCAGGCGCGAAAGGACACAUCAGGAGUUAAACUGGAGGUCAAUGAAAGAAUCCUCAAUAGCUGUACAGACCUGAUGAAGGCCAUCCGCUUGCUGAUCAUAUCAUCCACAGACUUGCAGAAGGAGAUAGUGGAGGGUUCGAGGGGUGCAGCGAGCAUUAAGGAGUUCUAUGCCAGGAACUCUCGCUGGACUGAGGGGCUGAUCUCUGCUGCCAAGGCUGUGGGGUGGGGAGCCACGGAGAUGGUGGAGUCUGCUGAUAAGGUCGUGCUGCAUACGGGCAAAUAUGAAGAGUUGAUUGUCUGCUCUCACGAGAUCGCUGCCAGCACGGCACAGCUGGUCGCUGCCUCAAAGGUUAAGGCGGAACGCAACAGUAAGAGGCUGUCAGUUCUCCAGCAGGCUUCUCGCCACGUGAAUGAAAUGGCAGCAAACGUGGUGGCCUCAACAAGGACGGGUCAGGAGCACCUGGAGGAGAAAGAAACCAUGGACUUCUCUGGGAUGUCCGUCAUCAAGUUGAGAAAAGAAGAAAUGGAGUCACAGGUGAAGGUGCUGGAACUAGAAAGUCAUUUAGAGAACGAGCGUCUGCGUUUGGGGGAGCUGAGGAAGAAGCACUACGAGUUGGCCGGAGUUCCCUCAGAGGCAACAGAGGAAACGACACUGUCGAACCAUCCUGUCACCAUGUCGCCAAAACCCAGCAAGCCUGCGCUCGUCAAGAAACCCACGCUGGCCCAGAAACCCAACAUACCACCCAAAACCACGUUUAAGUGAUGCCCGAGUGGAAGAGUAAACAUCAACGCUGAUGGAUGGUUGGAUUGAGUAGCUUUGCCGUGUUGUGAACAUGUGGAUCCUUUAAGUUGCACGCUGACCAUCGUCUCCCUCGUUCUGCCGCUCUUUUUCUUUCCUCCUUUUCUUUUUUGUUUUUUGCCAAAAUGGACCAGAAGACUUAUUUCUGACCCUCAAAGCCUGUUAGGAUUGUGCUUUCUUUAUCACCCUUUUUUAAAAAGGCACAUGCUGUCUAGGCAUGUUUUUUUUAUUUUCAAGUUUUGAUUUGCUAUCGAGAGUAAAAGAAAAGGUUAAUAUUUUACUUUUAGGCUGGAUUUCUUUUUUGCAUCCCAACGAUUUUAAAUGAUGACGUGCUUCUGCUGCUUUCAGAAUAGAAACCUCAAUAAUAAUAACCACAAAUUGACAGUAUAUAUUGUAGUUUGUAUGUUACUAGUUUUCAUCACGCUUUGGAGAACCUCUUUGAACACUUAUUUUGAAUGUUCAUGACUGAGCUUGUUCCUUUUUUAAAAACAUUUUUUAUGUACACUCUUUGCUAUUUAUGUUGUGGUGGGAGGUAUCGGAAACCUGCGAAUCAGGUCUGUGGGUCUACGUUGCUACAAAACUCUGACUUGAUAUCGGCAAUUGCCUUCAUGAUGGACAAUUGUCCUUUUUUAUGUGCAAAACUUUUCUUUCUCAACCGUACAAAAUUGUUUCAGAGGCCUUGGAAUGUACUAUACUGAUGCAUCAACAUGUACCUUUAAAGAUACAGUCGGUAUGUACCACUCACACUAAGUCUCAUUUAGUGUGUGUGAGCGAGAAAUCAAUUAUUUGAUGUAGGUGUCUUAAUUGUCAUAUUAUUUUCAGCUGAAUGAAGAUUUAGGGUAAGUUAUUGUAUAGUGUGAACGUUUAAGGUCAAGCCCUCUCUGCCUUUGGAAGCCGUUCAUACAGGGUCUUAAAAUGCGUUUUAUGUUCUUUCUUUUCCUCUGUAUGAAAUUUCUUUAUACACUAAGAUCAAUUAAUAUAUUUUAGUAAAGAUAAUAGUGGUUUCCCCUUGUAAGAAGUAUACAUGUAGUGUACAUGUCAAACCGAUGAACAAUAAAUGUUUAAGUGUU